GGUUCGUGUAUUUUCUGUAAACUGAUAAAAUAAACACGUCGAAAGCUAAUUUUUUCUCACUUUACUAGUGAAUAUUUGGGAAAUAGAACUACUUAAACGAGAUAAUUUAAAUAAAAGUGCAAUGCGUUGGAAAAGCUCUACAAUUUUUCUUCCUUUUCUUCUGGUGCUAGUUUCGGCUGCGAUAGACCCAAAAAAUUUGAAAUGCUUGGUUUGCCGAAUGACGUUUGAAGAACUUAACAAGGCAAUAAAAAAUGUGGAUAAAUGGAAAAAAGUAGAUGUUGGCAACUUUAGAAUGGACGCCAGUGGCAACACUAUGCAACAGAAGGUGCCUGCCCACAGAUCUGCGGUCUACAUAUCUGAAAUGAUUGAUGGCAUAUGCAAGAAAAUGGACGACUACGUACGAGUGUACUACAAGUCGACCGGCAAGUUGGCCAUAAUGCAGUUGAUGACGGACAACGGUGGCAUGAACCCUGAGUUCUCGAAAACCAAGUUUGUGACUGACGACGAUCUCAACAAAAGCUUGGAGUACUAUUGUGAGCGCAUGUUUGAGGAGAACGAGGAUGAGAUCACGGAUCUAUAUAAGAACCGGCCAGAAGAUGACGUCAUGCCUGACGCGGAAAGAGACAUCUGCUUCAAGCAAACCAACUACUGCGAGGAAUGGAUGUUACCCAAUGAGAAGGAUACGACGUGGACGCCGGAAAUGGAGGCAGAAUAUGUGAAGAUUCAUGGGCCUGAUCCCUACGGUUUCGGUGGCAUGCCCCAACCACCCAUGGGAGGUGGUGAAGUGGACGAUGAUGAAGGCUACGCCGACAGCGAUGAGAAUGUAGAAGAAGAAGAGCCUAGAGAGGAGCUUUGAAUACGUACUCAGCGAGAUACUAUUGUGAAACCAAUCACUAACUAGUAUUGCUAGAAACUCUUCGAAAAAUAUGUCAGUUACUGUAAGCUGUAAAUUCAAGUGCGAUUUUUUUCUGUUGUCAAGUAGUAUUAUGAUUCGGUUUGAACAGUGCCAUAGCUAGUGGAAUAAAUGAGACUUAACAUCGUUUGUCAUUUGACUGUUUAUAUCAUGAUAAUAUGGGACGAGACGAGCAGGACGUUCAGCUGAUGGUAAUUGAUACGCUCUGCCCAAUAUAAAGCAGUGCGCUCAGGAUUCUUAAAAAACCCAUAGCACUCGUCCGUCACCUUCGGACAUAAGAUGUAAAGUCUCAUUUGCCCAGUAGUUUCACUAGUUACGGCGCCCUUCAGACCGAAACACAAUAAUGUUUACACAUAACUGCUUCACGGCAGAUAAAGGCGCAGUUGUGGUACCUAUAAUCUAGCCGGCACCCUGUGCAAAGGAGCCUCCCACUGGUAAAUGCCCUAAGUCGCCUCUUACGACACUCUUGGGCCUGGGACUUCCCUAUUCUUUUCAUGCCCCGGGGAAGCACAGGGUUCAAUCGAGAAUUGCAAGCGAUACUGUAUUGUAAUGGGCAGGGCGUAUCACUUUUUAUCAGGUGAACUUCUUUCUUGUUCCACCUUUUCUUAUAAAAAAACAAUACGGAAUAGAUUGCUCCACGGGCAUCCAGUGAUUGACAUGUGCUAUUACCACCCAUUGUUUGUUCUACACUUAGAUACCUCAGGUCCAAAGUGAAACAAGUCUGAAUUUCAGUAAGUAAAAUACGAAAUUAUUUCAUAAUAGAUAACCCGCCAUAACCACAGAGAAACAAGUCGAUAAGUGAAAGCAGUUUGGUGGAUACCUCCUUAUAUAUAUCUUAUAAUGAAAAUGGUCUUUGUUUGAGGCUCAAUCACGCCUAAACCACUGAUCGUAUCGACAUGAAACUACCACCAUUUGAUGCGAAAUUUAUCCUUUAUGGCUUAUGGCUACUAUUUUUCCAACGUUCCUUCCUUUUAAAAUUCGCCCAGCGAUGCUGACGGGAACGGCAAGUUUCUUUGUAGUCUAAAAUAUUUUCGUUUCAAACAGUGAUAACUCGCUUUUUCUUUUUGAACCUAUUUCUGAAUUGUUCCUCUUUGGUACUGAGGCAUCGACCUUAAUAAAAAUUAGCAGAGAAUUAAUUUAACAAAUUUACGUAUCGAUCAGUAAUGACUACUUCGUGAUUUGAGUGAAACUCGACGGUUUCGUGAGGGUAUCUUAUAUUUUUUUUAAUGUAAUAGUACUGUAGUUUAAAGUUGUGAUUAUUAUAUGUAUAAAUGUAUGUAUAUAUGCGUGAUAUUAAUUGAGCGAUUUGACUGUUGAAGUUAUAGAAAUCUAAAUGACAAUUUACUAGAAGUGACUUAGACGCGUUAAACAAACCGUUACACCAGUGAGUAAUUAGUGAUUUACUGCCUUAUUCAUAAUAAAACGCUUUUCGAAGGUAUAAAGCUAUAUUAGUUAAAACGUGUUUUAAGCCUAUCGAACGUUCGAUAAAAUUCCUUAUUCAUAUUCGUUAGAUAAAUCUCCCAUAACUAAUACGUCUCUAUAGUACGCAAUGUUGCCAUUUCGUACAAAAAACAUAAUUUUAACUAAUUUAAUGAGAAACUGUCAAUGGAAACAGACAUCUUUUCAAUGUCAAUGGUUUGUCAGUUGUCAAAAAUCGAUGUCAAAAUAACUUCAAACUUCAAAAAUCAAAGUUUUGAAGUCUGUCGGUUGUCAAUCUGUGACGGAUAUCCAAUAACUUUGAUCGGGAAGCUAUUAUAUCACAUUAUAGAACGAACAGGUGAUCGAUGUCGGCCAUGGUUUUUGCGUUCGAGUGCUUAAAAUAGGCUUAUAGAGGGGUCCUAGCUACUAUAAGGCAUGUCAGCUUUAUCGAAGAGAUAUUGAGCGUUUUAGCUGUAAUAUGCGAUUAUGAAUACCAUUUUUUAACAAGCGUAUAUUAGCGAUGUUUUAAAUCUCCGCUAAGUCAUUAUGAAUAAGACAGUUAGUAUAUAUGAGUAUAUAACGCUUAAAAGUUGUGUUUUUCAGUAUGAAAUACGUAACCACUUAUCAUUUAACAUUUCUAUUACCUCCUUAUUUAGAUUUCUAUUAACACAAAUAAAAAUCCACGGGAUUCGGUAUCAAAACUAGUGCAAUAUUAUUCAUAAUUAUGUGUCAAAACUGUAUAGCGAAAUAUGUCUUAUAAACUAUUGUGAACUUGUGAAGUCACAUAUUUUACAACAAAGAGCUGAAUUUAUUAAUUCAGAUUUUUUUUUAUAUCAACAAAUUUAUUUCAAUAUCUUUUAAACCAAUUGUAGACAUCUCUCACGUAUAAAGUAAUUAGGAUAUGUAUUAGAAGGGAAACGUGUUUUAGUUCCACAUAAGACACAUCUUAUAAGAUAGAGACAAUUAUUAUUAUAUUAUGUGUUUGGAUAUAAUUUGAAAAUAAUGUUAGAUAAUUUUUUGUACUUAAACGGAUUUUAUUGUACGAUUUGUGUGAAAACAUGACAUUAUUUGAACCGAUUUAACAGGCGAGAGAAACGCAAAUUUAAUAAACAAUAUUAUUUCUGUUUUCUCCAAAUUUUGUUCUUUAAAAAUCAUGUAGGAAAUAAAAAGUUUAGUUCGUCUUGAUGGGAUACAAUUCGAUAUUCGACAAGUGGUUUGAAACAAAAGAGAAGAAAAGCACCUCUAUGACUUUGUUCUUUUUUUUUCUUUCAAUAAUAAUCAUACUUGAUAAAAAAAGGAACUUAAUGAACGCAAUAUAAUAAAAUGGCUGAAUGAGCGAUUUUUUCAGUUUUGCAAAUUCUCUCGGCGCUGUUGCCAUAAUUAUUGUUAUAAAUAUUAUAAAUUAUGCAUUUAUUAUGAUGUGCUGCAUAAUAAUUAAUUGACAUGUGAUAUAUUAUAUAUUAUCUUUGAUUAAGAGUAGCACGCAUUUUAAUAAAAUAUAUUAUAAAAUAUAUCUUUAUUUUCACGUUCACUAUUGAUUGGUAUUGGUUAAUAAAUUAUGUAUUAUAAAACAAAUUGGUUUGUUAAAAUAAUUGAUAUUAAAAUUUAAAAGUGCUUAGUCCUUCUCAAAUUUGUGUAAUUAAUUUGAAUAGGGGUCAAUAUUAUACAUUAAUUUCAUUAGAAAAGACAAUUUUGAAAAUAAAUCAUUUUGCGUUAAAAAUGGAGGUCUACUCACGAAUUUCUUUCGAUUAUUGUUAUAUAUAGUAUAUUGACAAUAAUUUAGAUAUUUUUUAUUAAUAUUGCUUUAUUCUCAUCUGUUUGUUCCUAAUGCUGUAAAGAAUACAAUAAAAAAUCAUUUUGUUGUUCCUGUCACUGUCAAAAGUGACAUAUUUUCAAGAUGGCCCCUCUAUUGGAAAUGCUUGUCUGUCUAUGUGUACUUAAUAUUUAAUAGCUAUUUUAAGAAGAAUAGAGACUGUGACAUUCCAAUAUAUAAUGUGUUAAGUGCCUUAAUAUUUUAUUAGAAUUAUUCAAAUAUAUUAUAUUAUCUUUCAGGGUUUCUAUUUUAAUGUUAGACGUUUUAAACCAUAUUAUUAAGUUGACUAAGAGAAGCAAGUUGUAGUUUGUAAGAGAAGAGCUGAUAUCAAGGCUUCCAAACCGAAACUAAAUUCAAACCGGUUAACGUUUAAGUAUCGUGAACUUUUCAAUCGGUUUUUACCGCCUUUAUCCGAAAUUUUAAGGGGUUUUUUCAAUUUUAUAAUGGUUUUGUUCAAUGAACCGGUUUGAAACGGUUUAUUUCACCGCUGAGGCAUGCCUUUUGUUAGAUAGGCAUGUCUCGUUUCGACUCUUGUGUCAUAUACAUGUUAAUAAUAGUUACAAUACGAACGAAAUAAUAGAUACAAACCGGUAACAGCUGUUAAAUUUUAGAUCGGUGCCAAGCCUUGGAUAAAACAUAUUAGCAGAUUACAAAAAAUCUCUGCCACUUGUCUUCGCUUAGGUAUUAAAAGUGUUAACUUUUUGAUUUAUAUAUUGUAUGUUCUGUAUCGUAUUUUGAAACUAUUAAUAAAAUUGUAGGUCUUCAAUAUGCAAGUAACAUGCUGAAUGCAGAUUGCGUGCAGCUUGUGUCGUAAAGGAAUGAACAUGCAUGCUGCAAGUAGAGAGCUAGAACUACAUGUUGCAUGCGAGUAGUUUUGAGUUUUGUGCCAAUGUUAUGCAAAGUAUUUAUCAAUAAGCCAUCUCGUUACUUACUUGUUGUUUUUGAAUACGGUUCAGAACACGUUAAAAUGAAUUAAUUUAUUGUUUGUUUGUGUUUGAAUUUUAUUUAUAUUUUGAAUGAAA